GCCGCUGGACUACAUUUCCCAGGGUGCACAGCGCUCACUGUUGUUGUGGACGAGACUGCGCCGGUCCCUGGGUGACAGGGCAGGAUGGAGGCCGGUCUUCCAAUUGAUGAAAAUGAGAUUGUCCUGUCAGAUUAUCUGGAACUUGAAGAACUCCCAGAUACAGACGAGCCACUUUACAUCCUAGGAAAGCAAUAUGACAUAAAAACAGAAAAGUGUGAUCUGCUUUUAGAUGUUACCUCCAGACUGUGGUUUACAUACAGAAAGAAAUUUUCUCCUAUCGGUGGAACAGGCCCAUCGUCUGAUGCUGGUUGGGGUUGUAUGUUGAGAUGUGGACAGAUGAUGCUAGCUCAAGCCUUAAUUUGCCAGCAUCUAGGCAGAGAAUGGCGGUGGGAGAAACAUAAAAAACAGCCAGGCGAAUAUUACCAGAUCCUGCAGUGUUUUCUAGACAGGAAAAAUAGCUGUUAUUCCAUUCAUCAGAUGGCACAGAUGGGCGUCGGAGAAGGAAAGUCUAUAGGUGAAUGGUAUGGGCCAAAUACAGUGGCUCAGGUUUUAAAGAAACUUGCUUUAUUUGAUGAAUGGAAUUCAUUCGCCGUUUAUGUUUCAAUGGAUAACACUGUGGUCAUUGAAGAUAUAAGGAAAAUGUGCCGCUAUCACCCUCACAAUUGGAGCACAGCACAAAGCAGUUCUCAUACUCACCAAAGUGCUUGGAGCAGAUGUAGAGACACUUCAGAGCAGAGCUCAGCAUGGAGGCCACUUCUGCUCAUUGUCCCUCUGCGCCUAGGGAUCAACCAGAUUAAUCCCGUGUAUAUAGAUGCUUUUAAAGAAUGUUUUAAAAUGGCUCAGUCAUUAGGAGCUUUAGGAGGGAAACCAAACAAUGCCUAUUAUUUCAUAGGUUUUUCAGGGGAUGAGCUCAUUUACCUGGAUCCCCACACAACGCAGACCUUUGUGGAGACAGAAGACACAGGGACAGUGCAGGACCAGACAUAUCACUGCCAAAAAAAUCCUAACAGGAUGAAGAUUUUGAAUCUGGACCCCUCUGUGGCAUUGGGAUUCUUUUGCAAAGAAGAAGCAGAUUUUGACAAUUGGUGUAAAACUGUGGAAAAGGAGAUAUUAAAGCAGCAGAGUUUACGGAUGUUUGAACUGGCACCAAAGCACCCUCCUCACUGGCCUCCUUUUAUACCACCAACAAAACCAGAGGUGACCACUACAGGCGCAGAGCUUAUUGAAUCUACUGAUAAACUCUUUGAUGUGGAGGAAGAGUUUGAGAUCCUCACAGUAUGAUGGGGUCUCGUUGUCCGUGCUGCCGUUGGACUACACACAGAUGCAAGUUUACUGGAAAGUGCCUCCAUCAGAGCAGAGAACAUAGCACAGUGCUGGGAGCCGCUGGCUAUUGACAGGAAAUUCUGCACUGGAUAUUCAUUUUAAGAGAGAUAUUCCUUCAUUGCAUCCUCCUGGUUCUGGGAUGGCCAACAGUGUUUACAGUCUCCCUCUGGGUUUCUAAAGGAUUUGAAAUAUUGUCACUGAGCGAAGACACUGCGGGCCCCUGUAUUUCACAGUAUUCACGUAGCAGACAAAGGGUUAACUAUCUUUUUUUUUUGUGUGCAAUGCCCUAACUGGCACCAUUUUUAUACACUUCCGUGCUGGAAAAGUCUGUAGGGUCUGUAAGACGUUUAGCAAUUCUUUGGAAUUGUGUG